CCCCCCAGCCUCGUCUUGCAGCGCGUUGCCGCUACCAAACCACCACCACAGCGGUCCUCCACGGCACGUGUCAAGUUGAGCCACCUGCCAUGGCUGUCAGUCCAACCAGAAGGGCCAAGCGUGCCCAUGGGCUGGCCUCCUUCACGAAGAGGGUGUCGAGCCUGUUGGAUGCACUGGCCAUUUUGGACAACCUCGCAGCGCUCGAUGCUCCGUCGAAGAGGAGCCGCAGCACCCUGGUCGCGCGAGAGAGGCGGCCUUUCGAGACCUACAUCAAGCCGAUGCUGCAAGACCACACGUUCUCGAUGCGCUUUCGCAUGGAGUACGAUGACUUCAGGGUUGGUUCUAGUAGAUCACCUGCGACCUGCCCUGCAGAAGAACCAGCAGAUGGGGCUGCUGCGCAACGGCGCCAUCCCGGUGGAGGACCAGGUCGCGAUGACGUUGCGAUGGCUCGCGGGGGGGUCCAUCUACGAGUGCAUGGACGGCCAUGUCAUCGCGAGGAGUACGGCAUACCACGUAACGUCGACCGUGAUCAACGCCCUGAAUGCCUGUCCGGAGUUGAACUGCAAGUGGCCAGAGGGUGAAGAUGCUGCCAGAGCCGCCGAGCUUUUCCGCAACCGCAGCUCUAUGGAUGUCGUCCGGAAGUGCGUGGGAGCAACGGAUGGCUUGUUUGUCCGGAUGAUCAAGCCGAGCGCGAAGGAGGUCGCAGAGCCCAACUUGUAUUACAACGGGCACAAGAAAGGCUUCGGCAUGAACUUCCAGGCGGUAUGCGACGCCCAGUAUCGCAUCAUGGCCUGGAUGAUGAAUUGCCCAGGCAGCCAAAACGACCGCACCGCGUUCAACUUUUCGGGGUUCGACAAGCUCUUGGCGGGCUUGCCCGAAGGCCACUUUGUCGUGGGCGACGCCGCCUAUGGGGCGUCCGAGCGCGUCGUCGUCCCGUUCCCGGGGACGAGCCUCUCCGCAAGCCAAGACGCGUGCAACUACUACGUGUCUCAGUGCCGGAUGGCAAUCGAGCAGACCUACGGCAUUCUGGUCAGGAGAUGGGGCAUCCUCUGGCGCCCCAUGGAGGUUCGCAUCGAGAAGUUCGAGCACGUGGUGAACGCCGUCGUUCGCCUGCACAACUUCUGUCGGGAUCGAAAGGUGGACGUCCCCACGGAGAACACGGGGUCUGCGAUUCCUCCGCCCGAGGUCGCUUUUGACGACGACGGCCUCAUCAGCAGCGACUACUUCGAGACCGUUCCAGUGCGUACCGGGCGCCCGGUGAAGGACCAGGCUAAGGCGUCGAAGCCGAGGGAGGCCAUCCGCAAGGAGCUGGAGGUGGCCGGCUUGAUGAGGCCAGAGCACAACAUCGCCAGGAGCCACAAACGCGCAAGUUAGAGUGCUGUCGGAACCUUAAACUUGGCAGAGAGGGAGGGGAGGUCGAGGGCGAGAGCGGGAGUGGGGGGCAAGAGCGGGGUCGGAACCGGCGGCCGACGUGGGGUGUGUGUAUCGCGGGGAUCGGGGUGAGGGUCAUGUGCGGUGGUGUCUGUGUGUUGUGUUGUGUUUUGUUGUGUUGUGCAUGUGUGUUUUUCCCCGUGGUUUGAAGGCGGCAUUGUUUGGUGGGCGUUUGUUCGUCUUGCGUUUCUUUUUUUUUCUACGUGCUGGGUUAGGAUCCGACUAACACGUCCUCCCGCCAUCGAAGGUGUUUUUUGUCGAAGCGGUCUACCUCGUAUUCGCGGCCCAUUAUUGUAGUGUCUUUGGGCGUUCGACAUGGGACUACCUAGCUGUCACCGUACACUGUUUCCUCGCCAAGGUUCGCUUCUGAUUGAAACUGCCUUUUGGGAAGUAUACGUGAUUGUGGAACUGUGGAUCGGGGCCAACGUGCCGUUGAAUUAGCUGGCGCUUGUUUUAUUGAGGAUGAUGUUGCCUAAGAGAGACCGUUUGAGGACGACCGUAAAAGCACUAUUGGUGAUUUACGAGCGUGAGCGACAAGCUCUAAAGCUCUCCCGGAGGGGGGUUCGGUCCUCGCGCACGCCCCCAUGUGGUUGCAUCUGUGUAACCACGCCACUCCUGCCCUUGCCCUGGUGCAUUCCUCGCACAGCAGUAGUAGGCGAUCAGAGUCGGCUUAGACAACGGUACAAGCAAUCCCACGGAAAAAGCUGCUUCCCCAACAAACCGGGCAACCUCCAACAGAGCCGCACUGUCCCACUUCCAUGCUAUUCUCGGACAUCAAAUAUCUCCGGUGUCUGUAAAAAAAAACACACAC